UCGUUCUCUUCCAUACACACACCUCUCUCUGCAAGCCCACACGCCCUCCCCAGACCCAACGCAGACGGAGCCGGAAACCCUCUGGCUCUCAAGUGCACGCAGAAGCGGGAAACGGGGGCUCAAUUGAGUGUGUGACGACAAGCCCCAAACCUCAAAUAAACCUCCUCCCCCCGAUUCGGCACUCGAUCUGCUCCUCCUCUCUCUUGAUAGAAUAUGCAUUCCUACUACAAGAUGGGCGACUCGGGUUUAGGAACAUUAUCUGGUGGUUUGCGAGGCCGUCGCUUCCCCAUUCGACUGAUCUUGUCCUACCUCUUCGACUGGAUUAUCUGCUUUGUCUUUGUUGGUAUCGGAGGUUGGCUCGAUCGAGUUGCGCCUGCGAAACGACCAUUCUCGCUUGUUGACCCUAAUAUCUCAUAUCCAUUUGCCGAACAUGAACUCGUCCCCGCUUACCUCUUGUUCGUCCUCGCCAUUGGCGUUCCUUUCGUCAUUGUCGCCGUCGUUUCCCUCAUAUUCGUUCCUGGCCCGACUGUACCUAAGGGUACCCCAAAGACUCUUAUCUGGCAACGCAAGCUCUGGGAGCUUCAUGUUGGUGUCCUCGGUCUCGUCCUAUCUCUGACGCUGUCAUGGUUCUUCACAAGCUCUAUGAAGAAUCUGUUUGGCAAGCCUCGACCGGAUCUCCUUGCCCGCUGCGAUCCCGAUUGGAAAAACAUCGACAAAUAUGUCGUUGGUGGUUUCAAGUGGCAGAGCAUGACAGGACAGCUUGUCUCGGCCGAUAUCUGCCAACAGACGGAUAAGUACAAGAUUGACGACGGUUUCCGCUCAUACCCUAGCGGCCACUCGUCGUCUGCCGCUGGUGGCCUCAUUUACGCCUCGCUCUUCAUGGCCAGCAAGUUCGCAGUUACUAUUCCCUUCGUGAUGCCCUCCGCUGCUGCCGUGGCAGGAGCAGCCAGCCAUGCGGCGUUCCCCUCUCGAAUCCACACCGGCUCUGUCGUCGAUCCUUACGAGCCCUCUCGCGCCCGCGGCCCAGAUGGAUCAUUUUCUUCUGUUCCUACAAAAGAACGCGCAGGACAAGAUAAUGCCAAGGUCCAAUCUCUGCGUCGCCAAGCUGCUGCGCCCCCGAUUUACCUCCUUGCUCUAGGCCUUCUCCCCUUUGGUGUCUCAAUCUUCAUUGCUGGUUCGCGCUGGCACGACCGUCGCCACCACGGUUUUGAUAUUCUCUUCGGCUACUUGAUGGGUCUGGUUGCCUCCAUUUUUGCGUUCCGAUAUUAUCAUUUGCCUAUUCGUGCUGGUGCAGGCUGGGCAUGGGGCCCUCGAAGCGAUGAACGUGCGUUCUGGGCAGGCGUUGGACGACAAGGCUAUGCUGGUACAGACGAGGAGCUCGGUGUAUAUUCUCCUCAACGCGACGUGGGCCAUUCUGGAGAUACAUCAUACCCACCCAUGACAUCUGCCCUCGCUCAACGGAAUGUUCGCCAGAAUACAGACCAAGAGCCUAGACCCAGCCAAAACUUCCAAGACGUGGAGCUACAGAGGAUGGAUGAUUCUGAUCGACUAGAAAACAGGUUCCCUGAUGAGCGGUUCACUGAAAACCGGUACGGUGACGCCCAUCAUGCUGAGAACCGUGUCUAGAACCGCGGAAUAUCGCAGUCUAAGCAAGGUGUUUCUUCACAGCAAGACA